AUGGACGAAGGUUCAACAACAAUAGCAUUAACAACACGAUUACGUAAACGUUCUAUUUCUUCUCAUCGUCAUUCAAAAACAGAUAAUGAUAGUCGUACAUCAUUAAUAAAAACAAAAAUUCAAAAAAUUGAUGGUCAAUAUAGAGUAUCACCAACAUGUCCAAUUAAUAAUGAAGAAGAAGAACAAACACAUAGUAGUGAUGAUCAAGAUGAACCUUUAAUUGUUGCAACUGUUCCACCAUUAAUUCAAGAUAGUUCAAAUUAUCGUACACGACAAGAUGUAUAUGAUGAUGAAACAGGUGAUGAUCAACAAUCAAAUUCAUCAUCACCAGAUUAUUCACCAAUACAUCAAUCUGAAUCAUCUAUAUCUGUUCAAUCACCAAUUAAAUCAACAAUAAUUACUAUACAAAAACCAACACAAUUAUUUAAUGAUAAUCCAAACGAAACUAUUAAUGAAACAUCUGUUGAUAUACCAACAAUGUCAACAAAACGUUCGACUUGUUUAAUUAAUGAAGAAAAUAUUCAAGAAAAAUCUGUUACAAUUGAAGAAUCUGUUCAUGAACGAACAAAAAUAAUUAAAAAAUCAAAUUUAAAUAAUAAAUCAUCAUUAUCAAACAAUUCAAGUGCAAUAUCUAUAGAUCAAAAUUUAAUAAAUAAUUCUACAAAUCCAACAUCAUCCUUAUCACCAUCAUCUACUGUCGAUGAAAUUCCUUUGACAACAGAAGAUGCUACCAGCAAACCAUCUACAUCUAUUGAUGUGAAUCUAACAAAUAAUAAACAAUCUCAAAAUAUUAAUGAUCAAUCAAAAGUAAAAGUACGAUUAAAAACAAAUCCUUCAUCAUCACAAAUAAAAAAAGAUAAUAAACCAAUUACUAAUAUAACAACCAAUAAAUCUGUUGAACAAAAAUCAUUAAAAAAACCUACGCCUACACAAAAAGAAACAGUGAUUACAACUAAAAAAUCCACACCAACUAUUACACCAAAAAAACCUAUUAAAACUUCAAUAAAUAAAACUUCAUUAAAUAAUAACAACAGUGAUAAACAACUUAUUCGACCAUCAUCAAUAUCAAAAUUACCCGAGAAGAAAUCGUCAGAUAUUUCAAAUUUAACAAUAACAAAAACAUCAACUGAAUCACUUUCAAUAAAACCAUCUCCUGUUAUACUUGGAAAAAUACCUAAAUUAAAUCCAGCUAAUAAACAAAAAUCUACAGAAAAAUUAACAUUAUUAAAAAAUCUUACUGAUCAAAAGUCGGAUACAUUACCUCCAUCAGGAAAUACAUUAAUUAAUAAUAAAAAUUCAAAUAUAUCAGAAAAGAAUCUUUCUAAUAUUCAACGAUUUUCUCCAAAACGUUCAAAUCGAUCUCAACAAAAUCCUAUCGAUAAUAAUUCUGAUCCAUUUGUACCAUUAUCACCUAUUGGUCCUGAUGAUAAUAUAGAUAAUAUUUUUGGUAAACAACCAUCAAUAUCAAAUCAACGUUAUACAUCAUUACUUGAUAAUGAUACACGUUCAACAACAAAUUUUUCUCGUAUAAGUUCAAUUGGUCUUGAAAAUACUCAAUCACAAUCACCACUUUCACCCGAUCCUUCAUCAACACUUUAUCCUCCACCAUCACCCCCAGCUUUACCGCCACUACUUCCAACACGAUCUAUACCUCCAACAACAAAAGCAUUUAUUGAUUCUCGUACUAAUCAACCUCAUGUAUUAACAUCAACUAAUGAACAUUCACAAUCAUUUAAUAGAAAAAAUUUUUCAAUAUCACCUGGUGUUCCUAUUUCACGACCAAAUUCUUCAUCAAAUCUAAUAGGUACACAAUCAAUAUCUUCAUUACCUUCAACAUCUAAUGAUUAUCAAGAUCCAUGGACAACUAAUAAAUCUAAUAAUCUUUGGGAUUCAGCAUCAUCAGAUGAAGAACUAGAAGAUGAUUCAAAAGCUCGAAGUUUUUUUCAUCAAAAUAUGCGAGCUGUUGAUGAAGAAUUAUCGAAAAUUGAUGAAUCAAGUACAACAACAUCACCACUUCCAACUGAUAGUCGAAUUGAACAAUUAUUAAAACGUCAGAAAAAAGCUUCAUUAGGUCUUUCUUCAAAUGGUGGAACAUAUGAAAGAAAUAUUAUAGAACCAUCAGCAUCUGUAGAUGAUUUUGAAUGUGUAGCAAUGGAUCUCGAUAGUCCAAAACAUCGGACACAAUCAGAAAGUAGUGAUCAAAAUCAUCCAAUUGUAGAAUCUAAUAACAGUAAAAAUACCAGUAAUGGAACAGGUUUGUUUAAUAAUCUUUUAAUUGUUUUUUUUUAUUUUAAAUAUUAA